GGCCAGGUUGGUGUGCGAGACACAUCCGCAGCGCUCAACGAACCUCGAUCUUACACGAUCCUAUAAGAUCCGACUACGAUUCGCUUCGAUUCCGAGUCGUGCAUGUGCAAUUCCCGCAGCUCUGGCAUGUAAAACGAGUGUUGGCCGCAAAACGAAAUAAUUAUAGAGGAAGUAUCGCAAAAACCAUUAAACUAAUGUGAAACCAAAAUAUCGUUGAAUAUUCAAAAAUCAUCAUCGUUCCGGGAAACCAGUUCAAAGCAUAGCAAGCUCGAAAAAUCGCAAGGCAACGGACACAUAACCAAUUGGAUUACGCAAAAAGGGCGAAGUUGGACAGAGCUCGCACCAUGAGGACUGGCACUCCGAUGGACAUUUUCUGCACGGCGCUGCACUUAAUCACAAUCGCAGCUCUGACGACGCACGCGGCGCAGAUUCCAACGGCAGUCAAGGAUGCCCAGAGCUCGCUGAGCGAGGCGAUUGCGGCGGCGGAGGCGGAGGUGGCCUCCACCUCGAAGCCGGCGGUGGAGCCUACCGUGCGGAUCAAGUGCCUGUCCGGCUCGAUGCUGAUCACCAUCAAAGAUGCCCCGCCGAACCACGAGACGGGGCUGUUCAGCGGCAUGAUCUACCCGAAAGGCCUGUCCAAGAACUCGACCUGCCUCAGCGAGUACAGAGAUCAUGUGGGCUCCCUGCGGUACAAGCUGCCGCUGAGAUCUUGCAACACGAUGCCCAAGGAAACGGAUGACGGUGGCAUCGAGUUCUUCAACACCAUAGUGCUGCAGCCCCACCUGAAGCUCAUCACGGAUCUGGGACGUGGCUACCAUGUGCGCUGCGCCUACAAGAGUCGCGAUGCCGCCAUGAAGCCCAAGAAGUACCUGCGCAAGCACGCCCAGAAACCGCAGGCCUUCCGCAGCGAAGAUCGCCGGGACUAUGGACGGUCGCUGGACAAGCAGCAGGACGACGACCUCGACGAGGAGGAUGUCUACGACGCGAAUGCCCCGCCGGAGGAGGAGGAUGUGAGCAACAACGAGAUCCCCAUGCCCGGCUGCCACAUGAAGAUCUACAACGACGAGCACAAGAUAGCCGACGAUGUCAAGAUAGGCGACCCCCUGACCAUCGUUAUCAGCAUCGAUAAACAGCAGGUCUAUGGACUCCAUGUGACGGAUUGCAUAGUUCGCGAUGGCUUGGGCUGGGGAGAGCAGCGACUGGUGGGCGAGGAUGGCUGUCCCAUGGACAACGAGAUCAUGGGCCAGUUCAACUACACCCAGGAUCGCCUGGCCGCCAACGUGACCUUCCCGGCGCACAAGUUCCCGUACACCACCUCCGUCUACUACCAGUGCAACGUGCGCCUGUGCGCCCUGGAGGAUCCCACCUGCCAGGAGGCUCCCCAGUGCAGUGGCAAGCGACCCAAGCGCCAGACGGCGGUCGACAGCAAGGAGGAGGACGGCCUGCCCGCCACCAUUGAGGUCUUCUCGGGUCUGUAUGUCAACGAGAACGAGAAUGCCAACGACAGCGACGAGGAUGCGGUCUACAAGGAGAAGACUCUGGAUGAUGCCCUGUGCGUCUCGCAGCGCACCUUCGCCAUAGCCAUCGCCAUCGCCGGCCUGAUCCUCAUGCUGGCCGUGGUCGCCGCCGUGCUCUGCAUCAUGGCCCGCAGGAGCACCAAGACGGUGUCUAACUCGGGCAGCUCCAUCUACAGUGGACCCUACACGAACACCGCCUUCUCGCACAGCAGCUAAGCGCAGGUCCUCGAGGUCCUCGAAGAGAAAAUUCAAAAUUCAACGUUUCCAAAAUGCAAAACACUCAAAGUGUUUAAAAAAAUCAGAGAGUUACCAUUACCAGGAGGAGAUGAAAUUCGGUCGCGCAGGUGCCGCUGCGGUAGUCAACGAAUGAUAGGAUGGGAGCCACCUAGCUUGUAAGGAUGCCGGAGCAGUCAAGCGGCUGUCUUGUAGGAUUAAGCCUAGUCUUAGUGGCAAAAAAAAAAAACGAUAAUAACGUGCAGAGAUUACCGGGCAAUGGUCGGGGUCCAUCCUAAUUGCUCGCUAAUGUCGCAGAGAUCUUGGGUGCACACUCUUGUGAUACCCCGAGAACUCUGUUCCGCACAGUCGGUGUUGGACUCGCCCUUCCUUCAGACACUCCACUGCAAGUGCAAGCGUGUUUCUACAUCCCUGACUAACUUGCUCAUGUGUACUUCCCCUAACUUAAUCACUCGAACUAACAACGAAUGCAGCAGCCGACGCUCAGGUGAUAUUUGUACUCGUAUCUACUUAAUGCCUAAAUACUAUUCGUAAUUUAUUAACUUGUCGGAUCCUCGAUGCCCUCUUAGUGGAAUUUCCUGAAUGUUUUCUUGUCAUCGAUUUAUGUACUUAAACCCCCGCGGCAGGAGCCCUUAUAUAAAGCAGCCGUCCCGAUGAGCCACUUACUCUAUGAUAGAUUCAUGAUAAUGAAAAUGAUAUGUGACGGCGAAAGUUCUCAAACUUAAUGUAAGCCUAGGCCUUUGCACCGCUUCAAUCGAGCAUUCCAACGCCCACUGACAACCUAUGAGGGAAUGCUCCUCUGGAGCCGUCCAAACCACGCGAUUCAAUUCAUAUUCUAAAGCUCAAUUUUAGUGUACUCCUAAGUUAAUAAUAAUCACGAAACAAUAAACUCAAAAUGACCUAAAUA